AUGUGCAGCGUUGACAGCGAGUGGGCCGUGAGGGAGGCGCUGCUGCUGUGCGCGGAGGGGGACCGCUGGGACCAGGCAAAGAGCCAUGCCGCGCAAUGCAAAGUGUACACCAUGCCGUACGUCUUUCCUGCGCCGCGCUGCAGCGACGUAGGCGGCUCCAGGAAUAGCAACAGCAGCAGCAGUAGCAGUGGCGGCGGUGAAAACAAAACCAAAACGAACGUCCACAAGGGCAACCAUAUAAACGGGCAUGCGACAGCGGAGACCUGCACCGUGACCAAGGUGGUUACGAAGAUAAGUUGCAGUAUGCAGGCAUUUACUGCCUUCAUUACCACGCCGCAGAACGUGCAGUACUAUGAGGACGGCGUCCUGUUGUGUGACGUUAUCGACGAACGCGGCGAUGCGCUGUGGAUGCACACCGCGUACGACCGCCUUCCGCCACUCGAUCUGGUCACGCUGCAUCGCUGCGUCGCGUUCCACCUCCCCGAGCGUCUCAAUUCGAACGAGCCAUUGCGGCGCUUCGUCAGUAGCGCCGCGCGCCGGCGACACGGCAGCGCAUGCUGCAACGGCGCGUCUGAUCUGCUGGCGUCGCAGGUGUAUGUGUACGCCAUCCGCAGCGUCGCCCACACGCGGGCGCCUCCCACCUGUGACUACGUGCGCGGGUGGGUGCACCUCUCCGCAUUCGUCGCCUACGAGAUGCCUGGCCCGUGCGUGCAGCUUUCCUUCGUGCACGCACCUGGUGUUCACGCCGCGUCUGUACUCGGGUGGUGUGAGGAGAAGAUCGCGCGGAUGCGGGACCUGUGUGAGAUGCUGCAGCGGAUGAUGCUGCGGGGAACGCUGGCGCUGCAGCAGCAGUUGGCGGAGGCGAGCACCGCCGUGAGCUCCCCCGAGCCACGAGAGCCGUCGUUCCACAUCGAGCACAACCCGUACGCCCCCGGCAGUCUCACGCCGGCGCGGCGGCGUGUGCUGCGGCCGCUACUGAAGCUGCACGCCGCCGCAACAUGGCGCUUCGUGCUGGUUCAGGAAGGCUGCAAGGUGGAGGAGUGUGAGGCGCGCCAGUGUCUCGCCGCGCCCUCCCUGCUCAAGGCGUACCGCGUCUCCACCUCUAUUGCGUGCUCCCUCGCGACGUUCUUUCGCCUCGUCGGGGACCCGCUGCAGACGCACCGCUACGACGCCUUUGUGGACAACAUAACAAUCAUAGACUCGGAGGAUGAGGGUGAGGUGGUGUACGCGCGGUGCAAGCAGCUCGCCACACACACGCCGAAGCGCGACUUCUGCAUGUUCUCGGUCACGGCUCUCCUUCUGCACGAGGAGGCACGCGAAGAGCAGCUUCUGCCGCUGCCGUUGCGUGGCGACAGUGGGAUGGUGUACGUGCAGAAUGCCCUUCAUUGUAGUCACCGCCCCCUUUGCGAGGGGUACGAGCGGCAGGUGGUGUACGCCUUCGGGUAUGUCGCCAUCACCGAAGCAGCAUCGGAUAACCACGUGCAGGUGCACCACAUUGUAUGUAUUGACUCCAGCUGCGCCUCGGAGCAGCGGCUUGAGAUGGCGACGAUUCAGGAGCAUUGCACACGCAUGGCGUGGGUGCGGCAGGUUUGCGAGGACUCGCAGCGCACCACCAUGGCCACCGGUGCUACCACCGCGCAACGGACAGCCGUUGCAUGUAUUCCAUUUGAUAAAGACAACAACAAGAACGAUAUGGCCAACGAAAAGAAAGAUCCCACCGUGUUUACUGACAUUCUGACAUUGGAAGAAUCUAUUUCAUUGGACCAGAGUUUCCGCAUCCAGACCAAUCUUGCUGGAAAUGACGACUUUGAUAUGACGUUUGAGGAGCUUGAAGAAAUAUUUGAGCCGUACUCGUCCUCCACAGCUCCGCUAGUAGCAACAGCGACUACGAUGACAACAAUCACAACAACAACAGCAACGACAACAAAGGCGGCGGGGGCUCCUUUUCGACGAGCAUCUCCAGUUGCACGACUGAACCCUUCCCUCAACGUUACCAUAGAGGAAUCACCCGUCGCUGCAACAGCGCCUGUACCGGAACCACCACCCCUACCAAAACCACAACCGGCAGCUGCAACAACAACAGCAACAAGGGCCCUCGUUGAGCAGGACAGUUGGUUAGACGUGGAGGAUGAGGAACAGCCAACGAAUGCUGCGCCGUGCCAUCAGUGCACAAGACAGCCACCACAGCAGGCACCGCAGAAGCAGCAGCAGCCAACACAACAGGUUCCUGAACAGCAAAAACAACAGCCACGCACAGUGGACUUCCUGCAGGUAGAUGUCCUAGCGUGCCGCCACUUGACAACGCAGCACACGACGAGGCAUCAUCUCUUCAUUCUCCUCCGCACCUCUGCCGCUCGGGCGCAAACGGCGCUUGUGGCCUUCACAAGAAAUCCCGUCUUCCACAGCGAGCAAGUCUGCUUCGAGGGACCACAGGGAAACGCCAUGAGCAUCACGGCGGUUCUGCAGACAGCCUCUGGGAAAGUGCGACGCUUCGGUAUGGCCAUCAUCUCGUUGCGUAACUUGCACGGGUCGGCGCCGCAAACGCGGCGAGUGGCGCUGGUGCGGAAGUUUGGCAGAAGCGACGCGCAUGUGUGCGGCGAAGUGUGCCUCACGUUACGCGGCGGCGGCCUCAACGCGCGGCCUGGCGCCCCCCUCCCAGUCGAAGCGGAGGAGUCGCUGCGGCGCCGCAUCCGCCACGUACUGAUAGCAGCCGGCCGCCGUGACUUGCAUCGUCUCGAGUGGCUCNGUCGGGAACUGCAGCAGCAAGACUCCGCGCGAGAUCGAUGCGGUGCUUGCGCGCUACAAGCGCAACCGGCAGGAGAUCGUCACCGCGACGGUGGUGGAUGUGCGGGGUCUGACAACAGCAAUGGGAGUGCCGCUGCUCAACAGACCCGCGUGCCACGUUCGUCUGGAGGCUAA